CCAUGCCGGGGCCGCGGAAGCGGCUUCCUCGCGAGCAGGAGGCGGCGGCGGCAGCGGAGGCGGCGGACGGGACCCUGGCCAAGCCAAAGGCGCCCUCCCCGCCCCGCCUGGGCGCCGCCUUCUUCGGCCAGCCCUGCGUCCGCCUGGCCAGGGCGCUGCUCGGACAGAUCCUGGUCCGGAAGCUUCCAGAUGGGAGAGAGCUCCGGGGACGCAUUGUGGAAACGGAGGCCUACCUGGGAGGAGAUGACACUGCGUCCCACUCAAGGGGCGGGCGGCAGACUGCAAGGAACACAGCCAUGUUCAUGGCGCCAGGCACUCUGUACGUGUACCAGAUCUACGGGAUCUACUUCUGCAUGAACAUCUCCAGCCAAGGGGAGGGGGCGGCCGUCCUGCUGCGCUCCUUGGAGCCCCUGCAGGGCCUGGAGGCGAUGAGAGAGCUGCGCCUGGCUCAGCGGAAAGGGGCCACCCGCUCCCUCAAGGACCGCCACCUGUGCAACGGGCCUUCCAAGCUCUGCCAGGCCCUGGCUGUGGACAAGACCUUUGACCAGCAGGACCUAGCCUGCCACCCGGCCGUGUGGCUGGAGCCCAGCCUGGGGACGCCCAGGGAGGAAGACAUCAUCUCCGCUCCCCGCAUUGGCAUCAGCGGCGAGUGGGCACAGCAGCCACUGCGCUUCUACGUCUGGGGCAACCAGUGUGUGAGCGUGACGGACAAGGGGGCCGAGGGGGCCAGGGGCAGUCAACCGCCAGCGGAGGCCUCUCCCUGCUGCUGAUGCCCAGGAACUGGGGGGUGAGGGGGCAUUCCAGGAUGGGAAGAAUAACAGGGAAGGCCAGGACUCUGUCAGCCUUAUGUAUUUAUUUAUUUCCAAAAUAAAAUAGAUUGCUUUGCUUUGAGA